AUGUAUCCCACUCGCAUGCUGCGUAUGCAGCCCACACGGGCUUUUGCUUACUCUGUUCCCAAGGAGCCCCAUAGCGCCCACACUAUCUCCCAGCGUCUGCGCCAGCUCAAGCGUGUUCCCCCGGAGUUGCUCCCCAUCGGCUUCGUUCUCGCUGUUGCCAUCGGCGCUGCUGUCUACUCCUGCAGCAAGAAGCUGAUGACUGACAAGACCCUGCGCCUCUACCGCAACAGCCCCGAGAGCCGUGAGCACUAA